AUGCCUUCGUCACUGACUGAAGUAGGAUCGAGCUAUCCGGCCUACGUUGGAUUCAUUUAUGUUUUUAAUUUGGUGGUGGGUGUUGGUGCUUUGACCAUGCCAAAAGCUUUUGCUCAUACUGGUUGGUUGUUGGCCACUAUUAUGCUAGUCUUAUUAGCAAUAAUCAGUUAUAUUACUACCACAUUUAUUGUGGAAUCAAUGGCAAUUGCGAAUGCACUUGAUAAAACAGGUCAAUUUCAAUCGAAUAGCGAUCAAGAAGGAGAAACAGAUAAAUCAAUCAAUACUGAAAGAACGCCAGUACUUCAAACUCGAAAGUAUCUCGAAAUUGAAAUUAAUGAAAUUAAGAGGGAAUACAUAUCCAAUGUAUUUGAAAUCAAAGAGAGAGUAGAAUUGGGGAAAAUGGCGGGAAUGUUUUACAAUAAAGUUGGCAACAAUUUCUUCUAUCUGUGUAUUUGUAUUUACCUAUAUGGCGAUUUAGCAAUUUAUGCUGUCGCCGUUGCAAAAUCUCUGACCAAAGUUGCUUGUAAUGAUUUAAACGGAACCGGACUAAAUACUUCAUUACCCUGCUGGGGAAAUUUUACAGUUGGUGGUGCUUAUCGAAUCUUUGUAGCCGCUUUUACCAUCUGUCUUGGACCAUUUGUCUUUUUCAAUGUUCAAAAGACAAAAUACUUGCAAGUCACAACAUCUAUAUUACGGUGGCUAGCCUUUGCUAUGAUGCUCUCUAUAACAUUCAUCUUUCUAGGUAGUGGUAAGGCUAGAGGUCAUCCACCGGUAGCUAAUUUUGCUGGUAUUCCAACAUUUUUUGGCAUCUGUAUUUAUUCAUUCAUGUGCCAACAUUCAUUGCCAUCGAUGAUUACACCCAUUCGUGAGAAAAAGCAUGUCAUGUAUAUUCUAUUAGGAGAUUACGUUACUGUUUUAGCCUUCUAUGCGCUAUUAUCUCACACUGCCAUAUUUACAUUUCCAAUUCACUCGCUGGAAGAUUUAUAUACAUUAAAUUUUACUCAUUAUCAUGUUAAAUUUAUCAGUUUUUUCCUAUCGCUCUUUCCAGUUUUCACUCUUAGUUCUAAUUUUCCAAUUAUUGGGGUCACAUUACGUAACAAUCUAAAAUCUUUGCUCCUAAAAGAAGAUAAAAUUUAUCCAUUUUGGAUAGACCGCAUCGUCUUUCCAUUACUAGCCCUCAUACCACCUGUAACUUUGGCUCUUAUUACUAAGAAUUUGGAAUUUUUAGCUGGUAUUACCGGCUCGUAUGCUGGCGUUGGAGUUCAAUAUGUCAUUCCUUCUACGUUAGUUUAUUACGGACGCAAAGAAGCUCGAGAUAAACUAGGAAAUGAAGUUAAUAUCUAUUCAUCGCCUUUUAAGCACUGGCUAUGGAUUCCAGUGAUCAAUAUUUGGGCUAUUGCAUGUGUUGUCUUUGUUACGAUCAAUCAUAUUAUAACUAAAAAAUAA